AUGUUCUACUUUUUUGGUGAUGCAAACAAUAGUUUAGUAUCACAGUAAACAACAUUUAAGUUGUGUAAAUUAUGACAAAACUAUAUGUGUGUGGUCCAUCCAUCUCUUUAUAACAGCAAAAGGUUGAAACAUCGGAUUUUUAUAUCUAUAUUUAUAUCAAUGUCUGUCUAAAUUUGAAAGAUACAGCUAAUUAUGAAAUAAAGUUUGUUUGCAGACCAAUGGGUUUAAAAUAUAUAUGAAUCAUAAAAAAUAAAUAGGUUAUCCAGAUAUAUUAAAAUAUAUUUCUCAAUAUAUAUGAUACAUGUCCGGUAUAUUGCAAAAUAUUGUUCUCUUGUAAGGGAUUACUGCAAGUUUGAAACUGAAUUUUAUGAUUUUUUUUUUUUUUAACUGCACUAUCAGGAGAACUCAGUCACAGAAAAAAGCCACAGUCACUGCACUUUCCUGUGAGGACUUGAAGUUCCAGCAAAUCCUUUCAGCCUGUGAACAAAUCUGACAUUCUUUGGUUGGGCAGCGGCGCUCCAUGGUAGCUAACACACAGACUUCACUCAUGGCAGCUUUUGUAGCUCCCCAUAGAUUAGAGCAAGGACAAAGCCCCCAUAAAGAGAAAGAAUUGGAAUCUAACAGCAACUAAUUCUGCAGUGUAUUGAUUUUUGGACCACAUGUCUGCUGGCACCCGAGUGUUUGAGAUGGUUUGGGACUUGAGCCCUCAGCUGGUUGUACGCUGCCCUCCAGUGGCCAUAAUCAUCCAUAAAUAACUGCUGUUCUUGUUCAGUUUGUUUGGGACUGAACAGGCUGUUCCAAUUCUUCCUAAACUGUAAACAGUAAAGAGGUUAAAGGUGAAAAAGUCUUACACAAAGUACACUGAGGUUAAAAAACAAAGAAAGAACAGACUUUUCCACUAAAAAUUCCAUCGAAUUCAACUUUUUUGGGAGUUUAUUGACAAUUCAAUUAUUUAUAUCCCAUAACUUGAAUGAUUUAUUAAUUAGCAGUUACUUUGAAGUGUUAAUUUUAGUAAAAAAUAUCAACUAAGUGUCUUAAAAUAAUACUUUGAAAAAUAAACUUUGUAAAUGUAAACAUUAGACUCCAAAUUAUCCUGCAACAAAAUAAUGUUAUGAAGUAGGAAAGAAAUAAAAUGUGAUGUAAUCUAAAAAAAAAUAAUAAUAAUAAUAAAAAAAACAUUUUUUUCUCAAACAAAACUGUAGAUGUUCUCUCAAAUAACAUUGUGACAAUCUAAAAUAAUGAGCCAAGCAGAAAUUACACCACUGAGUUUUAACAAAGAAGGUCCUUUGUUUCAGAAUAUAACUCCCCCUCCCCAAAAAACUGCAAUCCAUAAUCUAUUCAGGCGAAUUUUCCUGGACUUCGAACUCACAUACACUCAGUUCUGAACACUGUAAGGACCACAAAUGCUGGAAAGCAGCAAAGCCACAGGGAAAACAGGAGAACGUCAGCUCUACAAUUGAUAAUCUUCAAUUAAUAAGAUAUUGAUUUAAAUAAAGAGGGCAUUUUUUGAUGAGGAAGAUGGUGGUCUCCAGGAGAAGUUUAUCAGGUAUUUUCCUCUUUUUUUCUGUGAUUUUUUGGUCAUGGAGACUUGGCCAAGCAGGCCGGAUUUUGAUUGUUCCUUUGGAAGGAAGCCACUGGGUGAAUAUGGACAUCAUGAUCAAGGCCCUGCACUCCCAAGGACACUACAUCGAUGUGGUGCGAACAAACAAGAGCUGGUACAUCAAGGACGACGCUCCACACUACAAAACCGUCACCGUGUCCGUCGCCAAGACGUUCGACAAGGAUUUCAUCAAUCCCAUCCUGAAAAAGAUUUUUGCCAUAGAAAGGGGGACGAUGUCCGUCAUGAGCUUUGUCAAUUUGCAGCUUGAAAUGUUUAGGUCCAUGUUUGACAUGCAUGGAAUGAUGUGUAAAAUGGCCACCACCAUGUUGGAGGAUCAGGAACUGAUGGAGGAUUUAAGGAGGAAAAAUUACGACCUAGUCCUGACUGAUCCGGCAUGGGGAGCUGGGAUAAUACUGGCUCACGCUCUCAAACUACCCCUAGUUUACAAUGUGCGGUGGGUUACGAGUGGAGAGGGGCACUUGACUAUUGCACCGUCUCCAUUAUCUUACAUUCCAAUGACUGGCUCAGGACUGACGGACAAAAUGACUUUCAUCCAGCGAGUCAAGAACAUCCUCUUCUAUGCCAUCUGGGAGAUCCAGGACAUGCUCUUCAUCCGCCCCCAGUACCAGACGGUUUGUGACCAAUUCUUUGGCCCAGAAGUGAAGUAUACUCAUUUAUUACAGGGAGCAGAUCUGUGGCUCAUGAGAGUGGACUUUGUGUUUGAGUUUCCGCGUCCCACCAUGCCCAAUGUGGUUUACGUCGGGGGUUUUCAUUGUAAACCUUCAAAGCCACUUCCUGAACAUUUGGAGGAGUUUGUGCAGAGUUCUGGAGAACAUGGAGUCAUCAUCAUGUCUCUGGGGACUUUUGUCAGUGAACUUCCUGAUGAUUUAGCGAAUGAGAUCGCUGCAGCUUUUGCUAAACUGCCACAGAAAGUUAUCUGGAGCUACAAAGGGAGCAGACCCUCCACUCUGGGUAAAAACACUUUAGUGGUGGACUGGAUGCCUCAGAAUGACCUUUUAGGACAUCCUAAGGUCAAGCUGUUUGUGGCUCAUGGAGGAACUAAUGGAGUCCAAGAAGCUAUUUAUCAUGGAGUCCCAGUUGUGGGUCUGCCUAUAUUUUACGACCAAUACGACAACCUACUUCGUCUACAAGCAAGAGGAGCCGCUAAAAUUAUCACAAUCGCCAAAGUGGACAAAGAUGACAACUUCCUGAAGGCCAUCCAGGAUGUCCUGACUGAUCCCUCGUACAGGGAGAACAUGCAGAGACUCUCCAGGCUGCACAGAGAUCACCCGGUGAAGCCGAUGGACAAAGCCCUCUUCUGGAUCGAGUUUGUCAUGAGACACAAAGGAGCUGCUCACCUGGUUACUGAGUCAAACAAGAUGCCCUGGUACUCCUACUAUUCUGUAGAUGUCAUUGCAUUCUCUGUUGCUGUUGCUGCAUUCAUAUAUCUUGUAAUAUCUGCAUUUCUGAGAUGGGUAUGCCUUGGAAAAUGCCUGAAAAGAGAGAAACAAUUACAGUCAACUAAAAAGAUUGGUUUGAAGCAGGAUAAACUGACUGAUGGCUUUAAACUCAAAUAAAAAUCUCCAUUUUAAAAGUAUCAGUUCAAUUGUCUGAAGGCUUUUUGGCUCCUUCUGGUGCAGUUGGAGUUCCAGUGUUUAAGUGGAAGGUGUAAAUUACGCAAAUAAAAAUGUUUUUGCUUGAGUUCAAUUUAAAGACUGCUUUAAGGUUAAUUCAAGUUCACUUCAAAAUCUCUGUACAAAUAUAAAAAUAUUUUAGUAAAUACUGUGAAAAAUUUAACUACCGUAUUUUCUGGACUAUAAGCCGCACCUGUAUAUAAGCCGCACCUGCUCAAUUUAAAAAAAAGAAGAAAAAAAAAGAAAUACAAGCCGCACUGGGCUAUAAGCCGCAGAUAUCUAUGUUGAAAUAUGUGAUAUUUACUGCAUGUAGAGAACAAUUUUGUAUUUUGAAUGUACAUGUAUGUACCUGCAGUCUCCAGCGUCUCAGCAUAGAUUCAUUAAUGCUAAGCUUUUGUAGAGCAGUGCGGUUUCCUUCCUAGACAGCAAGCUCCAUGGCCUUCUACUUAAAAUGUGCACCACACAAACUUCUUUGUGGGAUUUAGAUGAUGAAGAAUUGAGGAUUUGAAAAUAAUUACCAGUUAGUAAUUUGUCAUGAGUGUUCUAUCUGUUAAAGAAAAAGUAGCAUUGGCUAUUCUGAUUUACAUAUAUUUUUUGUCUCUUGUUUUUGAUUCUAUUUCCGGUUAGAGCUCCCCUAACAGUGGAAGAAAAAUCCACACAAUAGCCGCACCUUUGUAUAAGCCGCAUGGUUCAAAACCUAGGAAAAAAGUAGCGGCUUAUAGUCCAGAAAAUACGGUAAUUUAAGUUCUGUAAAAU